GUACUAUCAUAUGCAUCGUUUUCUAUAUCUUUUUUAAAAAAUCCAAGCAUGAUAUAUUCUAUGAAUUGAACUCCCUAGACAAAGAGAAUAGAAUUAAGGAAAUUCUUCAUCCCAAGAUCUCCCACAGACGGAGUCAGAGUUUUUUUUCUCAAGCUAAUUCUUCCCAUUUAUAUCUUUAUGAUCUUUCCUUUUCAUCGAAUAUAUCUAUGUUUCAUUUCAUUUACCUAGCUAGAUAGCUGCUUUUUAUAUAAGAUAUUGUUUUACAAUAUAUAUAUAUAUAGUAUUAUGGGUUCAUCCCAAGAUCUUUCCACACCUCUCUCAACCUUAAAAAGUAUUUAGAGAAAAUGAAGAAGCAAGCAAUCAGAAGCUAGAAAUCCUAGAAUAUGAUAGCUAGCAUUUGUAUGAAAUUCAAGCGAGAUCUACUCGAUCCCCAAAUCUUUCCAUCGAAAACAGUGAGACCCAAAACCUUUACCACACGAGAUCCAAUCCACAAAACUCAACUACUAAAAUCAACCUCCCCUAGCUCUUUCUUCCUUUUUUCCUUCCCAUCUGCCCCCUUCGGCCUCCUUAAACCCUACAACCAGCUCCCCUUAAACAUCACCUUUUCUUUUCUUUCUGUGCAGUUCCCUUUGCUGAUGCACCUACAUAGGGUUUUUUAUAGACAUAAACAUACAUAAAUAGAUACAGAGAGAUAGGAGACAUAGAGUAUAUUAUUUGGUAGCCGUAAUUUUCUAAACUAGAAGAUUCCAUCAGUUGCUUAAUUUAUGCUGAUAGACAUAUUUUGACCAUAUAUAUAAGCUAUUGUAUUACAUACUGGCCUUUUUGAGCUAGAUCUUUGAAUCUCCAGCCAAAAGCAGUAGGAUUGUUUUGAUUCCUCAAUCAGAAGAGUAAACCAGUAAUUACAGGGCACAGAUCCUGAAAAGGGUAAUCUUUCCAUUUUCAAGAGUCCUAUAUGCAGAAACUUUGUUCCAACAUAUUUAUUUGAAGCUGUCAACUUACCAUUUCUUGUUCUUGUGUUCUUCUUCCAUUUUUUUCUUUCCUUAGUUAAAUUCUUUACACUUUUUAGAUCCCAUCGUCUAAAUAAGUACACCCCAAACCCUAAAAUUAGGAUUCGCAGCCGCACCGCUACUUGUAUAUAUCUUUAAGAUUUUAUUAAUGUGUAUUCCAUCAUCUAACAACUCAUUUCUUCUUCUUCUUUUUUGUCAACCUUAAUUGGGUUGUUUUUUGUGCUUCACCUAGCUAGAUACCAGGCUUAUUAUAUACUUUUCCCUGAAUGAUUGCUUUUAUGUCAAAUUAAGAACAAAAGUCCUCAAAUUUCUCAAGUUGGGGUUUACUGAUUAUUGCUCCCUCAAGCCGUACGUACGUUAUGAGGAGAAGGUGGAAGAUGGCUUCGUCGUCGAAUUCUCCGUGUGCUGCCUGUAAGUUUCUGCGCCGUAAAUGUCAACCUGAAUGUGUCUUUGCUCCCUACUUCCCACCUGACCAGCCACAAAAAUUCUCUAAUGUCCAUAAAGUUUUUGGGGCAAGCAAUGUCACAAAACUUCUCAACGAAUUGCACCCUUCUCAGCGUGAAGAUGCUGUCAAUUCCUUGGCCUAUGAGGCUGACAUGCGCCUCCGUGACCCAGUUUAUGGCUGCGUUGGAGUCAUUUCACUCCUUCAGCACCAACUUCGCCAACUGCAGAUAGAUCUUAGCUGUGCAAAAUCAGAACUCUCCAAAUAUCAGAACUUGGGCAUCACUGGCCAUGCUGGAUCACUAAUUGCGGCCGCAGCAGCUGCAGCGACAGCCACGGCAACAACCCAUCAUCACCACCAUCCGCAAAACCUUGGGAUCAAUUUGAUUGGAGCAGGAGGUGGAAGUAGGGAUCACCACUACCACCAUCAGUUUUUUCCAAAGGAUCAGCAACAGAUGAUGAGAAGCUUCGAUGCUGGGAGUAACUAUGAUGCAAGCCUUCUUGCAAUGAAUGUCUCUGCAAGUAUUGGACAACUUAGUCAUUUCCAGCAACCUAGAGCCGCUGCUGGGGAUGACCGCCGCACCAUUGACCCCUCUUAGGGUUUCUCUUCCGCAGGGCUCCACAUCGAAGGGAUUUACUCUAGAAAAAAAAAGGCUAGAAAGUGAUGGGAUAUUCUAUCUCGAUCGAAUGAAUACCACCUCGUCAUAGAAAUUUUUGCUGCGCAUCGUCUCAGUUUAGAUGUGUGUGUAAAACCUCCCUCCCAUUCCGAACUUUUACAUUGACCCUUCAAAGCAAGCUAUAUAUUUUUGCCAUGCCAAGAAUGGAGGGACGUACUUAACUCUUCCAGUCUCACGGUACGUAGCUAGCAUCAUUAGUUUGCGGGGUGGUUUUGCCUCUUACAAUGUGCCAUGGCUGGCAGGCAUGGUCUGUUUUUUUGUUUCCAUCCUUUGAACCUCUUUCUGUUUAAACAGUGAGCACAGGCAGCAAUUUUAUAUAUUUGUAAUUUUAAUCAUGUUUUUCUUUACCCUUUUUCUUUCUUUGGUCUCCCAUUUGAUGCUUCUGUCAUGAAUUAUUGUUGAACAUGGUUGCUUUAAGUGAUGACUCCUCAAUUUAAGCUA